GUACUAGUUGACCCAGCCUGCGAGUUGCUACUUUCUUUCUGUCAAGUAGCUAGCGUGGAAAGUUGAAAUCAGAGGUUGUCAAGAGGUCGUCAUAUUUGUGUUGUUGUUUAAGUAGCUAGGAAGUCAACUAUUUAAGCUGAUAUGGUACAUGAUGGCUAUAGAAAGUGAACUGUAAGUUGUAUGUUGAUAUGAAACAACGGAUAAGGGCAACAGAAGGUAACGUUAACGUUUAUUGCUGGCUUGCUGACUACUGCAUGGUAGCCAUGCAGCUAUGCUAGCUAGCUAGCCAGCAAGGGUUGUUUACAAGUUAUCAGUCCCAAAAUUUUAUUCCGACUUUGAAUUACAUUUUAAUGUGAUUACCACAUUGGCCUUUACGCUGCGCUGGGUUGAAAUAGUUGUUGAUUAGAAACUGUCAUGAUGUCCGCCGAAGUUGAAUGUGGUUCGAGUUUGACAGCGAACUGUUCAAGUAGGGGGGAGAACCAAAACAGUGAGCCGCAGCCACAUAAAUCAGAUACAACGCUCCAGCACGAGGAGACCCAUACCAGUCCAGGACUUGAUCUUAAUGCCAAACCAAACACCGAAGCCUUGAAUGUUCCGAUGGAUGUGCACGACACUUGCAAAGCUAAUGAUAAAGAAAACGAGAACGCCAAUCACAACAAUGUGGACUCAAUUGACACGGCGAAGAAGAAUGUUGUUGAAGCACCACCGCCUAAAGUGAAUCCAUGGACUAAAAACAAUACAGGUCGCGUAUCAAACAACACAGUUGCCUCUAGUCCACAAGAUAAAGAGCAACAAAACCCUAUGAAAGUUAUCCGUGCAAGCAAGCCUAUGACAAGGAAAACGAGCAAGUCUAGUGAUUUCAGUGACAUUACCAACUGGCCCACUCCUGGAGAACUGGCUCAAGAGGGGAGGAGAGAGGGUAGCUGGCGGAAGGAGAGGAGACAGGAGGAGCCAGAGAAGGUCCUGGAUGGGGGCGAGAGCAAGGAGAACCAUCAGGCUGAGCAUGUGGGAGAGCCGGCCCAGGACAGGGGGCCAGACCAGGGGGAAGACGCCCAGACUGCUGCCCUGAAGAAGAGAGGAGGCUGGAGGAGAGAAGGGCGGGACAACGCCGACGACAGUGUCCGUGGCGGCGGUCCGAGGGGCCGAGGCAGGGGGCGUGGCCGCGGGAGGGGGCGUGGCCGAGGCCGCUACGAAGGCGGCUCCGGCGCUCCGGCUGGGUCCAACAUGGUGUAUUACUACGACCAGAUGUGUGUGGAUGAGAAGCUGCUCAAGGACUACAUCAAACGCCAGAUAGAGUAUUACUUCAGCCUCCACAACUUGGAAAGAGACUUCUUCCUAAGGCGGAAGAUGGACACCCAGGGCUUCCUGCCCAUCUCCCUCAUCGCUGGCUUCCACAGAGUCCAGGCUCUCACAACCGACCUCAGCCUCAUCCUGCUGGCCCUGGAAAACAGCACGGAGGUGGAGGUCAUCGAUGAGAAGGUUCGCUGUAAGGUGGAUCCAGAGCGCUGGCCGAUCCCCACGCCGGUCACGGUGGGAUCUCCACGGACUGACUUCUCUCAGCUCAUCCACUGUCCUGAGUUUGUGCCUGGAAAAGUCUUCAUCCCUCUCAAUACUGGUCCUUCCCCAGGAACCUCCCCCGUCACAGAGGGCAUCAGCCAGCCUGCCGGUCAGCCAGCCAGCCAAGGCGCAGGGGUGUCUCCCAAAGCCAGCCAGCCAGACCCCGAGGCCUGGAUCCAGGUGGAGAAGCGGCACCGCAACAGCUCAGGCAGGAUCAAGGAUGUGGAGUCUGCUAGCUCCUGCUUCACUGCUCCAGUCUCAAAGCGUAGCGGGUCUCCCCCGGACAGCAGCAGGGGCCCCCAGCAGGCCGACCAGGAGGAGCUUGACUUCCUGUUUGACGAGGAGAUGGAGCAGCUGGCGCCGCGGAAGAACACCUUCACCGACUGGUCGGACGAGGACUCUGACUACGAGCUGGACGACAACGACGUCAACAAGAUCCUCAUCGUGACGCAGACCCCUCCCCAACUGCGCAAGCACCCUGGCGGGGACCGCACGGGCAGCCACGAGUCCCGGGCCAGGAUCACGGCCGACCUGGCCAAGGCCAUCAACGAUGGGCUGUACUACUACGAGCAGGAUCUGUGGACGGGGGAGGAGCCUGCAGAGAGCUCCGCCUCCAAGCAGGAAGUGGAGACCUUCAAGAAGUUGAACGUUAUUAGUAAAGAUGAGUUUGACACUCUCACCCCAAAACUCCCUGUUGACCCGAACCAGGAAGUCCCGCCUCCUCCUCCGCCUGCAGAGGAGACACUGGAGGAGCCCGAGAGCGUUGCCCACUCUCUGCCCACCACGGUGCCAGCAGGCUCCCCCAGCGCCCACCAGCCCAGCACCCCCCGGACCCCCCGCACCCCUGGGCGCCAGGACCCCAACAAGACCCCCCGCUUCUACCCGGUCAUCAAGGAGAGCGGAGAGGUGGAUGUUCAGACCCCCAGGAAGAAGAAGACCAGGCACAGCUCCAACCCCCCCCAGGAGAGCCAUGUGGGCUGGGUGAUGGACUCCCGGGAGCACAGGCCUCGUACAUCCUCCAUCAGCAGCUCCUCCCCCUCCGAGGGUGCCCCCCUGGCUGGGAACUAUGGCUGCACCCCCCAGUCUCUGCCCAAGUUCUGGCACCCCUCCCAUGAGCUGCUCAAGUCCAGCGGCUUCACCCAGCAGGGCUACCACAAGUACCGCCGGCGCUGCCUGAACGAGAGAAAGCGGUUAGGUGUGGGCCAGUCCCAGGAGAUGAACACCUUGUUCCGCUUCUGGUCGUUCUUCCUGCGAGACAACUUCAACAGGAAGAUGUAUGAAGACUUCAAACUGUUUGCUGUUGAAGACGCAAAGGAAAAUUACAGGUAUGGGCUGGAGUGUUUGUUUAGGUACUACAGCUACGGGCUGGAGAGGAGGUUCAAGCAGGACUUGUUCAAAGACUUUCAGGAAGAGACCCUGAGGGACUGUGAGAAGGGCCAACUGUAUGGCUUGGAGAAGUUUUGGGCCUUCCUGAAGUACUCCAAGAUCAAGAACCAGCCCAUUGACCCCAAGCUUCAGGAAUAUCUAGGGAAAUUCAAACAUCUGGAGGAUUUCAGAGUUGAUCCUCCCAUGGGGGAGGAGGUAGUCAGAAGAAGAAAGGAGGCAGCAGAAGAAGGGAGGCGCAGAAGACAUCUUCUCAACCUUCAAUCAAAACCCUCCCAGACCUCCAACUCUCCAUCCAAACCCUCCCAGACCUCCAACUCUCCAUCCAAACCCUCCCAGACCUCCAACUCUCCAUCCAAACCCUCCCAGACCUCCAACUCUCCAUCCAAACCCUCCCAGACCUCCAACCCUCCAUCCAAACCCUCCCAGACCUCCAACCCUCCAUCCAAACCCUCCCAGACCUCCAACCCUCCAUCCAAACCCUCCCAGACCUCCAACCCUCCAUCCAAACCCUCCCAGACCUCCAACCCUUCAUCCAAACCCUCCAACCCUCCAUCCAAACCUUCCCAGACCUACAACCCUCCAUCCAAACCCACCCAGACCUCCAACCCUCCAUCCAAACCUUCCCAGACCUCCAACCCUCCAUCCAAACCCACCCAGACCUCCAACCCUCCAUCCAAACCUUCCAAAACCUCCAACCCUACAUCCAAACCCACCCAGACCUCCAACCCUCCAUCCAAACCCACCCAGACCACCAACAAGUCUUCAUUUGUCGGUGAUGUGGGAGCUCCACCACCAGGCAGUAGCCCCCGCAUACCGAGAGCUCCCAGGGAGAAAACCAAGACCCUCACUCCAGCUGAGGGGCGCAAGGGAGAAGCUGGCAGUACCAAAAAGGAAACUCUCGCUCCACACAAAUGAAUGUGUAUGUAUGCAGUCAGGUGGAAUGAGAGAGCAGGGCCUGGGGGGAGAAAGCUGAGCAGGCCCCAAGAAGCUUUGACGCUGCAUAGAAGGAAUUUGAUUUGAUUAUUGGAAGAUCUGCAUUUGAUUGUUGAACAUGCAUAGAUGGUUGGCUAAAAGUUAUCAUGGUUCUUGACAGCUCCAAUGUUUACACAAUUAAUGCAUUCCUGCAUUGUAUUUGCAGUGUUCAUUUUCUAGGCUGCCUUACAUUUCAAUACAUAUAUUUCACCAUCUGAAGAGUAACAGUGACAUCUGAUAAACUUUAAGGUUUAAGUCGAGUUAGCCAUGAUAGUGCUUUGGUGCGUGGUCUUGAUUUGAAGACAUUAGAAUGCAAAUAUGUUCCUAUUGUGAGUUUGAAGAACAGUCUUCAACUUGUCAGUUUUGGAAAUAGGUGCCACUUGCAUACGUUGGAUAUAAUGUAAGUUGGAUUAAUAAACCAAAAUGCCUUUACAGACAUAAUAUCCAAAUUAUUUAGAUACAAGGAAUAGAUACAUAUUUAGUAUUUAAGAUGUACGAAUUUUAAUGUGUUGUGACUAUUGGCCUUCUCAAAUUAAACAGAUGAAUAUUUUGGAUGAAUUGCUUUUAUCAUGGCUUAUUGAGCAUACAAAACUCAUGUCUUGAAAUCUAUUAGAAAUAGGAUAAUUUAUUGUUUUAACUGGUUAAUUUGAACAUGCCUAGUUAAUCAUUAUAGUUGUUUCGUGCUUUUAAUGCUUGAUUAUUAAACAGGAGGAAAGGGGACAACCAAGUCUGUGUGUAAGCCAACAAAUCUGAUUUGAAUGCUCUUAACUUUAUAUCAAUGUGUGUGCUGCGCUCGGUGUAACUUGAUAUUUACCCUCCCACCAGGAGGAUGAAGCUGAAAGUGUCACCUAUUGGUGAAUGUACAUACUAUGCAAUUCAGUGGAAAUUAUUUCUUUUGAUUUGGAUUUUAUUAAUUAUUUUUUGUGUGCGAAUGAGUGCUGGUUUGUCUUUUUUUGAGCAAAUAUGCAUGUAAACGCCAGACAUUAUUGUAAUGAACUGUAAAAAGACAUAAAGAAGUAAUUGAUUGUC